AUGGGUGCGAAGGGAAGGCAGAGCUCCAUGUCCAAGAGCAAAUGGAGAAGACUCAGAGUGCAAAAAUCUCGUGAAGCCGAGAAAAAAGCUCUGGAGGAGGAACGUGUUAGUUUUGAGGCUUACGCCUUUGCUACCCAAGAGGUCGAGUCUGUACGUGCAGUCUUUGAACGAUAUGGGAUAGUAUUUGGCCGUCCAGACAGACCUGCCUCAGUCUCUCCAACAAACGUACCAUAUCAGCUAGCCAUGGAUAAGGAACACCACAUUUCUCCCCUAGCUCCUCAUCCUCCUUUUCCUGGUGGUGGCGGCGGCUGCUAUGGCUAUCUGCCUAACAUCCCACAAGCUUCCCAUGUCGAUCUUCAUGCUCCAUGGUUUCCAGCCUCUAGCCAUCCCUCAUUCUCACGGCCGGGACCAUCAUUCAGUCAGGGCAUCCCUCCCGUGGAGCCCUUUCCUCCUCCAAACAGCUACACCACAGGCGAUCAUCACAUAUUUACGCCUCUUGGUUGCUGUCAACUUUACUCUCCUAGCUCCUCAGAUUCGUUGAUCUCGCAAAGCCAGCAGGAAAUGGAGAAAAAACACGCGUCUGUAUUCAACCUAAUUUUAAAGCAAGACGAGAUGGCUGCCUCUCAUCUAUUGAACGCAUCCGAAUCUGGAAAGCAUUUUGAUAUCAACAUUAUUCUAUAUUCUUGCACUGGCAUCUUUUCCCCAGUAUCUCAUUCGGUUCAUCGAAUUAUCGCAUCAAGAAGCCGACGUCUAUCCUCACUUCUUGAUCAACUUGAUAAUAGAGAAUCUCCAAUCCUCUAUAUCUUGGCUGGAGCAUCUUUCACCUAUCCUUCAGCAUUUGUCUCGGCUUUGCUAUGUUUAUAUGGUCAACCUUUGUUCAACAAAGAUCAGCUAUUCUCUCAGAUACCCCUCCAUUCCAGUAACAAAUCCAAUAUUCAGGCAGAAGGUGAUGUCAUAGCCAAGGCAGUCAGGAUUUCUCGGAUGAACUUUGCCCUAUGUUACGCAAUGGCUGGUGCAUUUUUUAUGGACAGCCGUGUUGUGGAGCGUGGACUGGAGAUGGUUUCUGACGUUUUAUGCUGGGAAACUUUAGAGCCUGCUUUGUCCUUUGGUCUGUGUCCGAUACCCUUUGAACUCGCGGUUAUUGAUCCGAAUGUCGAGAGUAAUUCAAAUCCGAACGGCUCCACCGACAAGAUUGAGAAUAACCUCCCUACUACCUUCUAUGUGACUUCUCAGACACUUGCAGCAUUGGCUAAAAGAGUCCUGAAUAUCUCCCUUCGGUUUGUGGUGGAUAGUAUCCCAGUGAGCUUCAAACUUGACAAGCCCAGUUGCUCGUUCAUUCGGCUGCCUCAUUCCAGCAUAAUGCCUCCCAAUAUAUCCCUUCUUCUUCUCUCACUCCCAUUCAAACAGUUACGAAAACUAUUCAAAUACAUGCGGCUUCAGGGGAAGCUGACUGAAGAGCUUGUCAAAGAAGUUGUUCAGGAGCGUGAAGCGCAUCGCAUGCUGAAAUUGAGAAACCUUCCCCCAAACAGAAAUUUGAGCGGUCAUCUCGAUUCCGAACACGAAAUUUUAGGAUGGGAAGAGCAAGCUUUAUUUGAUGCAGAGCAACCUUUGGGAGCGAUUAUCGGUCGUGAUUGGAUAGGGUUAGAGAUACGUCCUAUCCUUCUUGCUUCUUCCCGCUUGAGACGAUCAAAAACAUUUUGA